AUCCAUCGAUCAUGGCACAUAUUGGAUUGUCAAAACUCGUCAAACAAGUGGAGAUCAAAUCGGAUGGAGAUGUGUUUCACGAACUUUUUCGGUUUCAGCCUCAUCACAUUUCCAACAUAUCCCCGACUAACAUCCAAAAUGUGGAUCUUCACGAGGGCGAUUGGGGAACUAUUGGGUCCGUCAUUUUCUGGAACUACACUCAUGAUGGAAAGGAGAAGGUGGCAAAGGAGAGAAUAGAAGCAAUAGAUGAAGAGAAGAAAUCAGUGACCUUUAAUGUUAUCGAGGGUGACCUGUUGGAGUUGUACAAGAUAUGCAUAUUCACUGUCCACGUGGACACUGACGGAGAGAAUAACCUGGUGACGUGGACAGUAGAAUAUGAAAAAUUGAAUGAGGAUGUAGAGGAUCCUACCUCCAUGUUGGACUUUUGCAUUGUCUUGACCAAGGAUAUCGAGACUCAUCAUCUCAACAAUUAAUGAAUGAAUUAAU